UAGGUCACGGACACUACGCUUAUAUAUAAAUGCUGUUCGCUUUUCAUUUCUCAUUCAUCACUGUUCUAGCCUUGCUCCGCCAUCUUCAAUAAUUUCUUCCGUUGAUCUUUGUUAGAGAUUAGCUUUUUAAUUUUUCAUUAUGGGAAAGAUCAAGAUCGGAAUCAAUGGAUUUGGAAGGAUCGGGCGUUUGGUUGCGAGAGUUGCUCUCCAAAGCGAUGAUAUUGAGCUCGUUGCUGUUAACGAUCCUUUCAUCACCACUGAAUACAUGACCUACAUGUUUAAGUACGACAGUGUUCACGGUCAAUGGAAGCAUCAUGAGCUUAAGGUGAAGGACUCAAAGACCCUUCUCUUUGGUGAAAAGCCUGUCACAGUUUUCGGUAUCAGAAACCCUGAGGAAAUCCCAUGGGCUGAGGCUGGAGCUGAGUAUGUUGUUGAGUCUACUGGUGUUUUUACUGACAAGGACAAGGCUGCUGCUCACUUGAAGGGUGGCGCGAAGAAGGUUAUCAUUUCUGCUCCCAGUAAGGAUGCUCCCAUGUUUGUUGUGGGUGUCAAUGAGAAGGAAUAUAAGCCUGACCUUAACAUUGUCUCCAAUGCUAGUUGCACCACCAACUGUCUUGCCCCAUUGGCUAAGGUGAUCAACGAUAAAUUUGGCAUUGUUGAGGGUCUUAUGACCACUGUCCAUUCUAUUACUGCUACGCAAAAGACUGUUGAUGGUCCUUCCAUGAAGGACUGGAGAGGUGGUAGAGCUGCUUCCUUCAAUAUCAUUCCUAGCAGCACUGGAGCUGCCAAAGCUGUCGGCAAAGUUUUGCCAGCACUGAAUGGCAAGCUGACUGGAAUGGCUUUCCGUGUUCCCACUGUUGAUGUCUCUGUGGUUGACCUCACUGUGAGACUUGAGAAGAAGGCUACAUAUGAUGAAAUUAAGGCUGCUAUCAAGGCGGAAUCUGAAGGCAACUUGAAGGGAAUUCUUGGUUAUGUAGACGAAGAUUUAGUCUCAACUGACUUCAUCGGAGACAACAGGUCAAGCAUUUUUGAUGCCAAGGCUGGAAUUGCUUUGAAUGACAACUUUGUUAAGCUUGUGACUUGGUAUGACAACGAAUGGGGUUACAGUUCCCGUGUUAUCGACUUGAUCCGACACAUGUCUAAGGCUUAAGUGUGAGUGAUUGUGCUUGGUGUAUCCAAGCUUUAGCAAUUUUAAUUUAGAAGAGAUGUUAUGAGAGAAUAAACGAAUUGUACGGAGCAUAUUUUUGUGUGAAGAAGGGUUGUUUCAGUUUUAUUACCCAAGUGCUUGAAUGUUUCAAGUUUCAUUGCAGUUGUUUCUCUACUUUAAUGCAUACGUGGUGAUUAUGGUUUCUCUACUUAAA